AUGAACACCGAUUCUGUGGAGUUAGCCUACUCAUUACCAGAAGCAAUGAUGCAACGGAUGGCUCCAGACACCCCUCCCAUUCAUGAUAAUGGGGAGGAGGAUGAUGCGGAGGAGGAUGCUGAUAUCCCUGAUGUUGCUAAAGCGGUUGAUGAUAUUGAGGAUUACAGUGAGUAUGGAAAGGUUAAAGAUGAGGAGGAGGAAGAAGAUGAUGAGAUGGCUUUUGAAGAUUUCAAAGGGACAUAUGGUAGUGAAGGAGGAAGAUGGAAUGCUAGCAAGAUCUAUGUCAACCAGAGUUUUGCUAGUAAGGAUGCACUAGUUUCAACGAUGCGGUUGACAGCGGUGAGGCGUAAGUUCUCCUUCAGAAUAUACAAGUCAACGAAAACUCUACUUGUGGCAACAUGUCGUGUUAAUGGUUGUGGAUGGAAGAUAAGAGCGAGUGUGAAACAUGAGAAAAACACAUUUUGGGUAACCAAAGCAUUUUUAUAUGCGCAAGAAUUGGUGAGAGGAUCAGCGGAAUAUGGGUAUGAACAACUGCUUUCAUAUUUGAAGCAAAUCAAAGCAGCAAAUCCGGGUUCAGUUACUGGUUUAGAACUUGAUUCUCUGAAUAGAUUUAAGUAUAUGUUUCUCUCCUUUGGAGCUUCUAUCCGAGGUUUUCAGUAUCGGAGAAGGGUUAGUGUGGUGGAUGGGACUCACCUAAGUGGAAAGUAUGAAGGUGUUAUGUUAGUUGCUGCCGCGCAAGAUGGUAAUUUUCAGAUAUUUCCAUUGGCUUUUGGGAUUGUAGAUGGUGAAAAUGAUGAAUCUUGGGAAUGGUUUUUCACAAAAUUGGCGAGUUGUGUAUCUGAUGAGUAUCCUAUGGUGAUAGUCUCCGACCGGCACACGUCCAUUAAGAGUGCGUGUGAUAAGGUAUUUCCUUGGGCUACCCGAGGAAUAUGUUAUUAUCACCUUCAACAUAACAUUGUCCAAAAGUAUAAAGAGAAGCAUCUCUUGUACUUGGUGAAAGGUGUUGGUUAUGCUUAUACACUUUACGAUUUUGACCGGUACAUGGAUGGGAUAAGGAGUGCGAAACCGGAACUUGCAACGUCUUUGGAGAAUGCCGACAUGACCCUAUGGUCAAGGGUUCAUUGUCAGGGAGAUCGGUACAACAUAAAAACGAGCAACAUCGCUAAAUUUAUUAAUUUCGCACUGAAGCGAGCUAGAGGAUUUUCGAUUUAA